GGCGCGUCCACUCUCCAUCAGCACGGUCUGUUGCUCUAUCCCAGUCUCUCUCGCUCUCUCCGUACAUUACCUCCCCACUUUUCUUCCUCUGCCUAGUGGACUUUGUUUUAUACAGCGACGUCAAUUUUCAUUGGAUAAAGCGGUGGCAUGAGUGCCAGGAUUAUGAGGUGCUGGUUUCUCCGCGUCGUUAUUUUUUUAUAUUUUUUAGCCAUUGACAACUUGUUUAUUUUUUAGCGCAGUGGUAGUCCACGGCGCCGGCUGGAUCCAACCAGUAGUGUUUACAUUCCUUUACAUUACCGUAAACUGUAAGAGGUUUUGCUUUAUGAAUGAACAACGAGAAGGAAAUAGACCGGAUUGUGAAACUCUCCAACCGCGGUCGCGGGAAGCGAGUCACGGAUAUGAGGGAUUAACGUCCCCAUACUCCGGACUCAUUGCGGAAAAGCCUCUCACUGCGGACCCAUGUGAAAACGCACGGUGGGAGAACGUGUUCAGGGCAUUGACCAGCAGAAACCCGUGGUGACCAUGUCCAUUCAUAUUGUUGCGCUGGGCAGUGAGUGCCCCGGGGGAGUGGGGCCAGGAGAAGAGGCCAUGGGUCAGGGCCAGCUCCAGGGGGGCCUGCUGUGGAGUUAUUUGGGCCACGGCGCCAUGGCCGGAGGGCCUGAGGAGAGCAGCCUGUCCAACCCGGCCUUCAUGGAGUACACGUCCCACGUUUUUGGAGACGUCACUGUGGUGGUGCAGGACUGCCCUAGCUGGGAUCUGUUGGACAGUGACUGGGCCAGUGUGCGGAGCGUUCUAGAACAGGCUGACAUCCUGGUCAUCAAGUACUCGAUCAACGACAAACUGGCGUUCCAGCAGGUGCGCAACGGAUAUGCCCCUAGACUCCGCCCCCUGCUACGUCACUGGGGCGUGCCCGUCAUUUUGGUUGCUGUGGGCGCCCGCCUAAACGAUGAGGGCCCCCCCUGCACGUGCCCCCUGUGUGCAUCAGACUGGAGCAGCUGUGUCCCCCAUAGUGAGGGCCUGCAGCUCUCUAGGGACCUGGGGGCCACUUACCUGGAGCUGCCCUCCCUGAACCAUGUCUUUGUGGGUCGCUACUUUGGCAGCGUGCUGGAGUACUUCAUGAUUCAGUGUUUGAAGCAGAAGGCCAAAGAGAGGCCGGAGAAGAGGCGGGGCAACAAGCUGAAUGAGCCCCACCCCCCUCAUCUGGAACAGCCAGCGCGUCUUCCCCCCAUCCGAGUGGAGGAGUCCAGCUUCUCUAAGGACCUACAGUGGCUGCUGGAGCGUGGCGGCCAGUUCGCCGACGUCGCCUUCUACUCCGGGGACUCUGGCAAGGAACUGGGCUGGGGGCACGCCGCUGUGCUAUGUGCUGUCAGUCCCUAUUUCAGACAGCUGCUGCUGGGCCCUAAGGCCAGGGAGAGGCCCAUAUCGCGCUGCGCCUGCCGGGGGGAUGGAGGCCCCCCAUCGCUGCUCUCCACCUGGGAUGGGGGCCUGGGCAUGGAGGACGGGUCGCGGCCCGACGGGCAUCUGGCCGGACGGCUAUCGCGCCUGGUGGUGAAGGACCCACUGCUGUGCCUGUGUCUAUGGGAGACACUCAUGUUCCUCUACCGAGGGGCGUGGGAGUGGGAGCACCUCCAGGAGGCCGUGGGGGAGAAGCUGAAGAACUCUCUGGCUGUGGCUCAACUCAUGGACCGCAUCCGCUCCUUCCUGGGCAGAGACAAGGGCUCCAGGGAUACGCCUAACGCUCGGCCCGCCCAGCUUGGUCCUCAGUCUCUGGUCAACCUCUUCAACUCUCCUCUCUACUCUGAUGUCAUCUUCAUGGUGCAAGGGAGUGUGUUACCAGCUCACCGGGCGGUCCUGGUGGCUCGCUGCGAUGUCAUGGCGGCCAUGUUCAGCGGGAAGUACGCGGAGGCACGGAGUCGGGUGGUGCCCAUCCACGGAGUCUCCUCUGACACCUUCCUCUUCUUCCUGGAGUACCUCUACACUGACACCUGCUGUCCUGCCAGUGUGUUGCAGGCCAUGGCCGUGCUGGUGUGUGCAGAGAUGUACCAGGUGAAGCGCCUGCAGCACCUGUGUGAGGUGUGUGUGUGCGCCUACCUCCAGAGCAUGCCUAGCCGAGAGCUGGCAUCAACCGGCAUCAGUGUGAUCCGGCUUCUCCGUAGGGCUAAGUGCCACAACGCAGAGCAGCUGUACGUAUGGCUCCUCCACUUCAUAGCCAAUAACUACCUAAUCUUCAGUCACAAGCCCGACUUCCUGGAGCUCUCAGAGGAGGAGCGGGAACAGGUGGAGAGACUGCGUUGGCCUUCCCGAGGUUACCUUCAAGAACUGAGCGAGUACCAGCAGCGCCGACGCAAACUCAAGAAGUCCCGCUGCCUCGUCAUGUGACACCCACCCGCCGCCACACCCUGGAGAAGUAGUGAGAGGGGGAGAGGAGAAGAGGAAGGUGUGGGGCGAGAGACAGAGGACAAAGGAGGGGGAGAGGAGUUGAGAGAAGGCAUUAUAAAACAGACCAGAACAUAAUUGAGUCAUCUGCCUCAAAUGGACAGUGAAAAAGGGGGACAGAAAGCUAACCAGCUCGGGAGGAAACCCAAAUGGUUCAGCACAGAGCUGAAAGGUCAAAGAGGCCUGGUCGAAAGGCAACGUCUACGGGAGGUGACAUAAAAGACUGACGCACUCCGGUCCCCGAGGACCAACACAUGACUGUGUCCUUGGGACAAAAUGACCGAUUUACUUAACCAGGGAGAACUUCAAAUGACAGCUGAAUUCCACUGGAAACCAGGGCAAAAAAAAUAAAAAUCGAUAAUGGCCAUGUUCCAGGCUUGUCCUUUUUGCAGUCGCGCUGACUGCAUAGCUCAUAAGAUUUCUAUAUCAUACGAAUGUGGUUUCUGAUAUGUAAAUCCUUCUCCAGGCAUUGUGCACAUGCAAAAAAGGUGACCUGGAAAGCCACCAUUAUCUGUUCAUGGAGGACUAUCUAUAGCCCAAUGAAUAACGGUAUAAAAAUGGCCCUUUCAAUGGCAAAUAACUGUAUCCUAGGGAGAAUGCACAGUGAUCAUCUUUGCCAUCUCCACACAGGAGAGAACAUUUUGGUUUUUGGCAGAGAAGGUGCUCAAAUUUAUAAAUGUGUCCAGGAACAUUCAAAGGAACCUGCUGAAAUGUAUCCAAAAGGUUUGGGAGUCUGUCUAAUGAACGUGACCCGGGAUUGUGCGUCUAUAGAGGAUGUCUGUAUCUAAUCUAUGCUUGACACAGAAUCUUACAGUCUCAAAUCAACCCAAGGCACUACACCCAGGGGAAAACGACUACCCCUUCUCAUUGAAGCCACGAAAGUUCAAGGUCGACCAUGGUACUGCAGGCAUUAGUAGCAGGAAAUAGGAUCCCCCAUUAGAGUAAAUGGAAAAAUGGCAAUCUUCGUAUAAAAAAAAAAAAAAAUGCCUAUAAUAUACCAGAUGUCCUUGAACCGAUUAUUUUCAAAAUCGCACACAGAAGUUAUAAGGACAAUUUAGUUGCUAAUAUUGGCAGCCUGCGGAACCCCGGUCGGCCUUCAACUUGAGGGGGCAGGUACUCAAUGAGAGGGGGCAGCACUUAGCUAGCCUGCAACAUCACUUCCUGGAGUAGCUGAAACAGUGCACAUGUCUCCAUGAGACGCCAUCUUAACCAACUUCAUUUGGAUUCAAUGCGCUAUUGAGUCUUCACAUAGGAAUGAACGGUGUCACGGGAUCGAUGGCUUUGUCCAUUCAAUAUAUACAGUUAUUGGCUACACCCUACACACAACUUAAUGUCUACUUCUUUUAUGUCUGUAAUGGGUCAUCAAGAAGUGCUUAGGGCUAUAGGAGUUGAUUUGGGACUAGGCCUACAUAACUGUGAGUACAUAGUGGUUCUACAUGGCUGUUUCAUUGGGUUAUUCUGCAAUGCUAAAUCCUCUUAAGAGUGUUAACAGCAUUGGGGCACCUGGAGACUUAAUCACCACAUACACACCUUCCGUGGUGAACAAAUGAUUUGAUCUGUUCAUUGAAACCGUAACCAAACUGGUUUGACCUCCUUUUUGCCAUAAGAUUAUAAUUUGACGGUGCUGCGACUAUUUUUGUAAUGUGUACCGUCUGUACCAGGGGGUGUUUUGUGUGUGUGUGUUUUUUUUUUUUUAACAUCUGGAGUAGAGCUAACUGCGUAAUGCACCCAGCAUGUGGAGACUAGAGGGUGCGGGGUGUUUGGUUUCGUGGCCCUCUAGCCACGGGGGAUGGCCGUGUACAGUAAUAGUUGUGACCUCUGAGUCACUGGUAAUAAAGACAUGUUUUAGAAGAACACGUUGGCAUGUCACCUACUGAAUCGUUGUGACAUGCAUCUGCUCGGUACGAGAUGUCUUCUGUCACGUGUGUGUGUGUGUGUGUUACUGCUUAGUGUGCAUUAAUAAUGAACAUACAUAUUCACAUACAGCAUGUCAUGUGUUGAAGGUUAGUCUGAAGCUUGGUUGCUUUUGGCUUGAAUUUAAACUGCAUACAUUUAUACACACACACACUAUGAUUUGAAGCAAUUUCAACCUCAUAAACCACAAAACACAUAAGCAAAUUACUUGCAUUCCGAAGCUUUUUGUGGGUGUAUGGGGAGGUGUGCUCUUUAUUACUAAUGACCCCUUAUGUUUAAAAUGUUACAGAGUGUAGUUAACGGCUCUGCAUAAGCGCUAAAUUAAUCAACCUUGCGUAAUCUUAACAUCUUCAGUUUCACCUCAUCCACGUGCGUGUGACGGAGAGUAAGUCACAUGUUGGUGUGAGUAACGUGCAUUUAUGCUUAUUUUUUUUCUUGGGUCGUGUCAAUGUUGCCAACAACACAAGUUGUGACUAACAGGCCAACUGAUGUAUUGAGACAUACUGCAUUUUGGGAUCUCUAGCAGAGGUUGAGGGAUACCUUGCUGCAGGUAAGAAAUGCUUACAUUUCACUCUUCGCUCCCUUCUGCCUUGUUAACAUGCUAAAAUGCCGCAUGCAUCGCAAACGUCAAUCUAAUCUUGUGUUGCCAUAUUCCGUAAUCUCACAUUUGCUCUGAAAGGGUAGGCUGAAUCGAGGCUACCAACAAUCUAAUUCAUACACUCUUUGGUCCGUUUCUGGAGAAUAGCUCCCACUCUGUACCUUGGUGGAAGCUUAUGACUUAGAGGCUACACCUUUGCCUCUGGGGUCAUUCAUUAGCCAAAACGGGUCCCCUAAAUGGACAGAAAUAUUAUUUAAAUCUAGGCCCUUAGUUAAAUAAAUAAAAACACAACACAUAGCCUAUGGCAAGUCAGUUGAGAACAAAUUCUUAGUUACAUGUGUCCCAAGGUGACUGUGGAGGAUCUGUUUGGCCAGCAGGUGGCGUGGUGCUCUGGCCCCUGAGCUAUCUGUUCUCUAGCCUCCUGAAACACCACCUCAGCUUCUCCCAGUCUGGAGGCUUGCUGAAGAGCCACAUUACACCCCCACCCCUCGCUCUCUACAACUUCCCUCUCUACAUUACAAACUCUAAUCGCCUGCCUUGCGCCUCCCUCUCCUCACUCCCUUUCGUGUGUGUGUGUACAUACCUGGGGCAGUGUGUGUCACUGCAGCGCGCCAAUGGACUGCAGCAUCCCCUCCAGUUUCCCACUUUCGUCCAGAUCUGCCACGUCACUGCCCCCUCCCACACACUCCUCACCGAUGAACACCCGCGGGACCUACACACACACACACCACACUGUACUAUUUAUAUUUGACAACUUUAUACUUACUUCUCUACAUUCCUAAAGAAAAUUAUGUACUUUUUACUCCAUACAUUCCCUGACACCCAAAAGUACUCAUUACAUUUUGAAUGCUUAUUAGCAGGUUAGGAAAAUGGUCUAAUUCACACACUUAUCAAGAGAACAUCCCUGGUCAUCCCUACUGCCUCUGAUCUGGCAGAUGCACUAAACACAUGCUUUGUUUGUAAAUUAUGUCUGAGUGUUGGACUGUGCCCCUGGCUAUCCGUAAAUAAAAAAUAACAAGAAAA